AUUGCUUCCAUACGCCUCAGAAAUACUUACAUAAUUCCUGUCACUUCUCCAGAGCUCGCUCUUGAAUUCCUUAAAACAUAUGAUUCUGUCUUUGGAUCGCGCUCUUCCGUUUCCAAGGAUGUUGAUAUGUUAACUAGUGGAAGUGUCUCCGCAAUAUUAUCUCCAACAGGAUCCCAAUGGAGUAAGAUGAAAAGAAUUCUGACAUCAAAGAUACUCAAUCCAUCAACUCUCCAUCAAAUGCUUGGCCAAAGAACCGCGGAAGCGGAUGCUCUUUUACACUAUAUUUUCAACCAAACACGUAAAAAUGGAGGAGGUGCAGUGAUUAACGUUAGAAGCAUAACACAACAUUAUUGUGGUAACAUUGUUAGAAGAAUGGUAUUCAAUAGAAGAUACUAUGGCAAAGGGAGGGAAGAUGGGGGCCCAACUUUUGAAGAAGAAGAGCAUAAUCAAGCAUUGUUGACCAUUGUUAGGCAUGUUAACUCAUUUUCUAUAUCAGAUUUCAUGCCUUGGUUGAAGCCUUUUGAUUUAGAUGGACAUCAAAAAAUUUUGAAGAACGCUUUGAAUGUCCUUGGAAAAUAUGAUGACCGGAUUAUAAAAGAGAGAGUUCAACGAUGGAAAAAUGACAAGAAAAUAAAAGGGGUACAAGACAUUCUUGAUAUCCUCAUUUCACUUGAAGAUGACAAUGGAAAUUCCUCGUUGUCCAUAGAAGAGAUCAAAACUCAAAUCAUGGACAUACAAAUUGCUACCAUAGAUAAUCCUUCAAAUGCAGUGGAAUGGGCAAUGGCAGAAUUACUCAAUCAACCAAAAGUUCUCGAAAAAGCUGUUGAAGAAUUGGAUAAAGUAGUUGGAAGGGAGAGAUUGGUUCAAGAAUCGGAUAUUCCGAAACUCAAGUAUCUCACAGCUUGUGCUAGAGAAUCUUUUCGACUUCAUCCAUUUUCACCCUUCAAUGUUGCUCAUGUGUCCAACUCUGACAUUGUUGUGGCUGGCUACUUUAUUCCCAAAGGAAGCGAAGUGUUGCUGAGUCGUUUGGGUCUUGGUCGAAAUCCAAGGAUUUGGAAGGAUCCAAUGAAAUUUGAUCCAGAACGUCAUCUAAAAGACGGGACAGUUGAAUUUGGAAUUUCAGAACCCACUUUGCGAUUCAUCACCUUCACUAGAGGGAGGAGAGGCUGUCCUGGUGGCUCACUAGGAACCAACAUUACCAUGAUGUUAUUUGCUAGACUUCUACAAGGAUUUUCAUGGACUUUAUUGCCAAAAUUCAUAAAGACGUCACCUGAAACCAGUGAAUUAUCUCUAUCAAAGCCAUUGCAUUUGCAUGCAAAGCCACGUUUAUCUCAUGAUAUGUACCAAGGCUUUCUUGACCAUCAAGCAUAAGCUGCCUAAGAAACAGUGUCUACAAGACAAAAAUAGGCG